CAUGUAGGGAAGCAUCAACAAGAGAUAUCUCUGGCAGCACUACCAACGCUGGAAGAUUUUUCAGAUGAUGAAAGUAUCAACGAUGGCAAAACCUCUGACGACGACGAUGACGACAGUGACGAUAACGACAACAGCGGAGAAGAUUUCAGGAAGAAGAAAAAGGGCACGGACGAUACCCAAACAGAAAAAGGAGAAAACUCUGCUCCUGGUAACUCGAAUCUCACUGGUAGCUCUAAGCCAAAAUCGAUGACUUCACAGACUGCUGCACUUGGGUCUGCUAUACAAGCCCCCGUUUAUUUGCCUUUCAAAGUCAAGGCCGUUUGCGAAUAUAUAUCUCCUUUCAAUGACACCCUUCAGUUUCCCAGCGAGCAGAUAAUCACAGUCACCCAGGAAGAGGAAGGUGAUUGGUAUAUAGGGGAAUACAUGGAUACUUCAGGUGUGAAGCAGAAAGGCUUCUUUCCUAAGAAGUUUGUG